UUAAGGCUGGCCGGCUUUUCUAUCGUUAGUAGUUCUCUGCGACUGCGAGAGUGCGAGGUACAGAAAGAAGAGCACCGAAAAGGGGUUUACGAGUGAUUCUAAGAUGGGUGAAGGAAAGCAAGGAAUCAUGGCCGUUCAGUUGCCUAGCCAGAACCCAAUUGAACAGUUUCAAGCCAAGUACAACGAACUCGCUAGCGUGGUCAAAGCCUGGCUAUCCAAGCAGUCAUUGCCCGUCGAAGCCGCUUUCGUCACUGCCGCCAGCGCCGCCCAGGGCGGUGUAAUCGGCGCUAUUCUAGGAAAUCUCAGCCCUGACCUCCAGCCUACUCCUCCUCCCGGGGUCAAUCUCGACCCCAACGCCAUGGCUACCUUUAACCAAGCCCAGGCUCUUACAGGUGGUCCCUUGGUACAAGCUCGAAAUUUUGCUGUCAUGACUGGGGUGAAUGCUGGCAUUUCUUGUGUCUUGAAAAGGGUGAGAGGCAAGGAGGAUGUUCAGUCAAGUAUGGCAGCUGCUUUUGGCUCUGGAGUUAUGUAUUCAUUAGUUAGUGGCAUGGGUGGCCCAGAUGUAGUUCCUGCUGCUUUGACGUCUGGAGUUUUCUUUGCACUUGUUCAAGGUGGUCUUUUCAAGCUAGGACAGCAGUUUUCACAGCCACCAACAGAAGACACGCAGUACGUUAAAACUAGAUCACUAUUGUCUGGCCUUGGCCUAGAAAAAUACGAGAAAAAUUUUAAGCGUGGCUUGUUGACAGAUACCACUUUACCUUUGCUCACUGAUAGUGCACUUAAAGACGUGAGCAUUCCUCCUGGACCAAGGCUUCUCAUCCUUGAUCAAGUACAUAGGAACCCUGAUUUUAGACGCAAAUGAAGUGGCUGCUAGCUAGGGAUCCACUUAUGGAGUUAGCAGAAGGCUUAUGUGGACAAUGUAUCUGCAUUUUUCUUGCUGAUCGGCUACGAUGAAACAUUAACUAGACGUUGGAUUCUAAUAUUAGUUAUUGAUUGACUGAUUGGCCUUGCUACACACUGGACAAUGUAUCUCGCACUUGUGAUUUUUUAAAUGACAGAUUUCUAAUAAAUUUCAGAAGCUUUUCGAUA